CCAAUCACGUUUUGUUGUGUGGGGAGCAGGCUUAGAGAGGCGUCUGGGGGGCAUGGAGGAGGAUGCGGACAUUCGGGGCAGACCUGGGCCCGGGGGGAGACUUGAUAUGAGCCACGGUUUUGUGCAUCAUAUCCGUCGCAACCAGAAAGCCAGAGAUGAUUAUGACAAAGAAGUGAAGCAAGCUAAAGAAAAGCAGAAGAGGAGGUGCACUCCGGGACCAUCCCGUCCCAAGAAGCCCGACCUGCAGGUCUACCAUCCUCGCCCAAGAGGAGGCGCUCGCCCGGACGGUGCUUUACACGACGAUGACUCCAAUAGCAGCGAGAGCAGCACAGACCCCGAGCAGCCUGGAGCGCAGCUCUUCUGUUUGGAGUUUGAGGCGGAUGGAGGGGAGAUCACGUCCAUCAUUGUAUACGAGGAUGACGAUGCCGAUCAAGUGGCCGGUAAAAUCUGCGUUCAGAAUCAUCUGGAGAAUAGGAUGAGGGAAGCCCUGAAACGACGAAUUCAAGAGGAGAUUUCCAAGCGAAGACAGCACCGCUGAAGCCAUCCCCUCGCCCCUCGGUGGGGGUUACAAUUAAUCGGUCUGUGUUCGUGUGACCCGUCGCACUGGCCAUCCACGGCUCUGCAUCGGAAGGAGAAAAGAGCUGAAAGGAGAACGUAAAGGCUAAGGCUCUGUUAUCAGCU